UCAAGUAUCGACUAACUUAGUCGAACUAAACUUGACUCUCGAGUUGAAAAUGAGAAUUGAUAAGGUUGUAGGUUGGUUGAUGGUUCUUUGUUGUGAUGUAAUUUGUCAACGUCAAAAUGGGUUUGUCUGGAAUUUUUAUCGUAUAUUGGUUAUAAUACUUCUUUAUUUUUCGCUUAGUAUAAUCUUUUCCAAUCUCAAAAGAUUUUUUAAAAUUGAAAACCUAUUGAUUAUGAAUUUAUAAAAGUCAGCUCAAUAAACAAUAACUUCAGAGGUUAGGAGAUCUAACCUCCAAAUCGGUUAAUUUCUUUGAUACGUUUUCCUGAGCAAUGUAUCGGAUAGAAUCAAUCGUUACGUCUAUCAUCUUGAGCUAUGUGGAUAGGUACAUCAAAAAUUUUCGUCGACAAGAUGCCCAGGUUUCACUGUGGCAAGGCGAUGGCGUAUUUCACAACUUGGACUUGGAUUUGGAAGUGCUGGAGCAGGAACUCAAUCUGCCAUUCAGCUUCGUUUCCGGACAUAUCAAUGAACUACUCAUCCAUGUACCUUGGACAAGAAUCGCAUCGGAGCCUGUGCAGAUAACAAUUAACACAAUAGAAUGUGUAAUGAAAUUGUGCCCCCCUGGAGGUCGCCCACCUCCUCCUCCAGAACGACUUAGAAGGCAACAGUCACAACCGCCUGACGAGCAAACGCCUCAAUCGCAAAGCUAUAGGUCAAGUCUUGUUAACAAAUUGAUAUGCAAUCUGUCAAUCACUUGUAACAAUUUUAUUCUUAAAUAUGUUGAAGAGGACAUUGUACUCUCAAUGAACAUCAAGAAUUUGAGUCUCAGUUCUGUUAAUGAGAAGUGGGAACCAGAAAUAACAGAACUGAGUGUGACAUCUCUGAUCUUGAGGAAGCUUAUCUCUUUGUCCGAUGUUACCAUUUGUCUUGACAAACGAAAUGCUUCUGGAAGAAUAGAAUCAUACAUGGAACCACUCUUAUAUCGUUGCUUCUUGACAAUCCGACUGAGCAGACUGUAUGCUUCGCCGACUGCAAGCAAAGCCAUGUCAACUCGGAUGGACGUCUUCUGUGAGAAAAUGGCGUUCACUCUCAGUGAAUCUCAGGUCCCAAUGCUCAUGAGAAUGUUUGCUCUCGCUUUGGCUUUGCAUAGGAAGCAGUUGACUCCACAAAUGUCUCAGACUAAUUUGGCUGACAAUAAUUCAGAAACUAGCGCGGAAGAGCAUGGUGCUGAUAAUAAUGGUUGUGAUGAUUCUUGGAGUACUUGGGUUUGGAGCUUUGUGCCGUCCAUCUUGCCGCUUUCCGAUGAUGAGAACCUCGAUGAAAAGAAUCAGAGCCACACCUUCCACUUUGGAUUCUAUAUCGACAAUUUCACUUUAGCGCUGAAGGUUGGUAUUCAAUCAUCUUUUCACCCGUAUUAA